UAACCCUCCUAAUUGUCACAUAUCUUGCUCAAACCCAUGGCGGUUGUUGUCCGCUGUCCGCGGAUCGUAUGACCGAACGCAAUUAAUCCAUUAGUUCUGACAUGUUGUUGUAGAUUUUGAGUUUCUGGCUGUCAUUGAUUUUCCCUUUUAGCACGCCCUAGAAAAUGAGCGAAGAGGAUGACGAUGUCAUUCAAGAGAUUCCAGUCUACGUUUCACAAACAUUGGCAAAGCAGCUUUUUAUCUAUCAAUACCCAACAAGACCUGCAUUUUCAACUUGUUCCGAAAAUCCCGUAGUGAAGAGUAGCAUCAAACCUCAACUUCAGGAGGUUGAACUUGAGUUAGGCAUAGAUACUCGAUCUGCUAAUUAUGAUUCUGGCAGGGGAGAACAAAUUGCUAUCAAUGCAGAUGGUGUGUCAAGUUCAAGUAAAUCUGGUGAUGAGCCAGUUUUCCCAAGUGGUAAAAUGGAUCAUAUGACUCUGAAAUCUAGUCGUCUCCUUACUGACACAAGUAACUAUGCAAUUGGUGUGUUAAAUGAUGGAGAACUGCACUUGACUCCUUUAAACGGGAUUGUUAGUUUGAGACCAACUUUUAGCUAUCUGGACAAAUCAGAUAAGCGCCCAACUAACAAUCAGGAUGAGUUAUCUGGUGGAGAAGAGGAGGAGGAGCUGAAACAGGUCAAAGUUAAAUUUGCACGACAGGAAAAUGACAGGUUGAAGAAAGCACGAGAGCAAUCUUACGAUUACCACAGUAAAAUGAGCUCCAGUGAGCCAUGGUAUCAUACACAAUAUGUGACAGCAAACGCUGAUGAAGCAGAACUAGAACGCUCAAAAUUGUAUUGUGCGCAGAUAACUGAGCAGGUUGCAGAUCUUAAUCUCAAUGAUAAGGAUUACCUAGAAUACUUAAUUGAUCCUGAUGCUGUAGAUGAAUCAACCAGUGGUGCUUCCAAACGAUGCCUAAAAGCAAUGAAUCUUGCAGAUCAAGUACGAUCUAUCAUGAAAGAAGCUCGCCUGCUUUCUUUCAAACACCUCAUGACACUUUUACCUGGUCCUGUAGAUGUGCAGCUAGUUUUAAAAUCCAUACAGAAUGUAGCCUUGUUAGUUCGUGGAAACUGGAUUGUACGAAGUGAUAUUAUCUAUCCUAAGGAAACAUUUAGCGCUGUGAGUGGUAUCCCAUCAGAAGUUAUGGUUCGAUGUCGAGACUAUGUGCUACUCCAAUUUACUCAGCAUAAAUAUGUUGAUCGCAUAGCCAUCAACAAAAUUGUGAAACUUCCAACUGCUGAACUCCUAGAAAUAUUAGAAGGAAUUGCCACGCUGAAAAAGAAUAAAGGAUGGGAGUUAAAACUACCCCUAGAUAAGGAUUUUAUUGAAAGGCAUUCUGAAAUUAUACACCGCAUGGAAUCCUUCUGGGAAGCUCGUCAGAGGAGCCUCAAUGACGCUUUUAGGCACAAACCUCAGACACCACCUACAUCUCCCUCUAAAUUAAGAGGCCCUCGAUCAGGCAGUCGAAGACGAGACUCCUCGUUUAGCUCUGACGGUGAAGGCCCAGGACGUCAAAGGAAGAAAUCAGUCUCACUAUCUGGGCCCGGUUCUGAGGUAGACUGCAACAUCAAUGGAACCAGUGAUGUUCAGGUCAAAUCACGCAGAAAGUCAACUAGUGCAUCAGUUGAUUCUGAUAGUGGUACAGAAGGCAGACAAGUAAACAAUAAUUCUGAAUUGACUCCAGUGCCCCAAAAGAGGACAAAAAAAAGCUUAAGUGAUGAGAAUGAAAUGUCUUGACAUGUUUUUGUGCUAGUUUGGCACUUGUUAUUGUGAUAUGUUUCCCUGUUUCUUGAUCAAAGCUUGUUGAAAAUUGUA